AUGGUUCUGGAAGUGGUGGCACUGGAAGUUAUGGGUCAGGAGGAGGCUAUGGUCCAGGCAGUGCUGGAGGACAAGGUGGUGGGAAGUUAUGGGCCAGGUGGCGGCAGCGGGUCAGGAUAUGGUACUGGUGGCAGUGGGUCAGGUUAUGGGUCUGGUACCGGCGGCAGUGGGUCAGGAUAUGGGCCUGGUACUGGUGGCAGUGGGUCAGGAUAUGGAUCGGGUACCGGCAGUGCAGGAGGUUAUGGACAAGGUGGAGGUGGUGGCAGUGGCAGUUUUGGGUCAGCGGGAAGUGGUGGUGGCGGCGGCAGCGGAUCAGGAUUUGGACAAGGCAGCGGACCUGUUGGCAGUGGAACUGGAGGAGGAUUUGCUGGAGGCCGUGGUGGUGGAGAUGGAGGAUUUCCUGGACGUGGCGGUCCAAGACCCAGUGACUCCUUUGGUCAAGGAGAUGGAGGUAGAAACAGCUCCGAGUUUAGUGGCAGAGGAGGUCCUGAUGGGGUUGGGCGUGGCGGUUCAAGGCCCAGUGACUCCUUUGGUCAAAGAGAUGGAGGGAGAAACAGCUCCGAGUUUAGCAGCAGAGGAGGUCCUGAUGGGGUUGGGCGUGGUGGUCCGAGACUCGGUGAGCCCUUCGGCCAGGGAGAUGGAGGUAGAAGCAACCCUGAUUAUAGUGGCAGAGGAGGUUUCGAUGGUGGGGUUGGGC